AUGAAUAAGAAGAAUAGAACAUUAUGUUUUCAAUCAAUAUUAUUAUUUAUCCGUGAUCUGAUAUAUUCUAUUGAUCAAACAUUAGACUAUGUAUAUACAUAUAUUGAAUUACCAAUACAGCAUACAUUCUCAUAUUUUGACAGUAUCUCAUAUUGCUAUGUUCGUCGACGGUCUUUGAUUGACUUUUCAAGACCUGUCACUCAGAUACUCGUUGAAAGCUAUGCAAUAACUUGUUUUCUCUAUAUUAUUUUAUUAUUAUUUGGCUAUGUUUUUUCAAUCGCAACACAAAGACAUUAUUUUAUUGAUCCAUUUCUAUCAAAUAAUCGACAAUGUAUUAAUAUAAAAUUUGUUCGUAUUAUUAAUAACGAGGAAAAUAAUGUUCAAAAUAGUCGAUUAAAAGAAAAUUUUAUUCGAGAAAAUUCGAUUAUAAAAGAUGAAAACUACCAAAGACAAAUACAUAAUUAUGCUCAAUUUUAUCUAUUAUUACAUGUGAUUGAAAACAAUCCCUAUAUGAUUUGUCAACGAUCACUUUAUAUAUACGCACGUUUUCAUGCCUAUUCUUCAUUAUUACAUAGUAAUCAUUCUCAGUUUCAAUUUGUUCUACCAAGUUAUUUUUCAUCAUUUCCCAUUGAUCAACCACCAUUUAUUGAUCUAUGUGUUCACACUUCGAAUCGUUCAGAUCUUGAGGAAGUAAAAUCUCGCCUUCUUCCAUUAGCAUCUUAUUAUUAUGCAUCUAUUAAUUUAUUUAUAUUUGAUUUUAAUUUUACACAAGUUACUUUAACACUUUACGAAUUAAAUAGUCAUUCCGUACAUCUUGAACGUGUUUCAAUUCAUACGGGCUGGCUAUAUGAUAUAUAUUCGCAAUUUCAUUUUUUCAAAUAUAGCCAUGCUCUAUCGACAGUCGUAUUCGACGGUUUACCAACAGGACAACAUUCUAUAGAUUAUUUUAACUAUGUAUAUAUUCCUGUGCCUGUUGAUUCUUUACUUGGUUUAACAGAAAUGGUUCAACGAUCAAUUCUAGUAUUACCAUUAUGUUAUUCGAAGUACAAUACAACAAAUAUCUCGCAAUAG